UCAUUGAACUUUGCAGCACAGUGGGAGGAGUAAUCCAUUCUUACCAACUUAACCAAAACGACAAAGUUUUCCUGCGAUGUCCCACAAAUUUUCAAAGAACCGAUACGUUUGGCAUUAACUCCAUUUCAGAAGUUCUAACCAAAUGCCCGGUUAUCAUGUUCUUCACUCUCAAAUACUCGACCGUUGGUUCCCGCCUUAAGCAUUCUUCGUUCCAUUUCCACUCUCUACCCACCACUUUCACCCACAGAUUCAAGUCCCCCAUUCACCAAAACCUCCACCACCUCCUAGAGAAAUGCUCAUCCAUGAGAGAACUCAAGCUAAUCCAUGCCCAAAUCAUCCUCCGUGGCCUGACCAACGAGAACCUCACACUGGGAAAGUUGGUUUCUUUCUGCGCCCUUGCCGACAACGGAGAUCUCGAAUAUGCACGGCUCGUAUUCAACAAAGCCCCAGAACCCAAUAAGUUUAUGUACAAUAGUUUGAUAAGGGGUUACUCAAAUGGCGAUGACCCUAUGGAGGCAAUUUCGCUCUACCGCAAAAUGAUUGGUUCGGGCCUUUCGCCAAACGAGUUUACCCUUCCCUUUGUUCUCAAGGCCUGUGCUCGAAAGUUGGCGUGUUGGGAAGCUGUGGUUGUUCAUGGUCAAGCCAUUAAAUUCGGAACUGGUUUCCAAGUUUGUGUGCAAAAUGCCCUUAUAAGUGUGUAUGUUGUUUGUGGGUCGAUUGAGUGUGCCCGGAAAAUGUUUGACGGUAUUUCGGAAAGGACUUUAGUCUCGUGGAAUUUGAUGAUUGGUGGUUAUUCGAAAAUGGGUUUUUCCAAGGAAGCUUUUUUAUUGUUUCAGGACAUGAGAGAAUUAGGGGUGGAGCCUGACGAGUUCACCUUAGUUAGUCUACUUUCUCUUUGUUCACAAGUUUGUGAUUUGGAUUCUGGAAGAUUUUUGCAUCUUUACAUUGAGAUUACAGGAAUUGAGAUUGAUCUAAUCGUGAGAAAUGCUCUUCUGGAUAUGUACGCUAAGUGUGGGCAUUUGCAUGCAGCGAAAAUGGUUUUCGAACGAAUGCCUAAUAAAAAUGUGGUCUCUUGGACUUCCAUUGUUACUGCAUAUGCUAAACAUGGCCUCACUAUAUCCGCUCAGAAAAUCUUUGAUAACAUGCCAGUGAAAAAUGUGGUUUCUUGGAAUUCAAUGAUUUCGACUUAUGUCAGAGGAGGCCGUUGCAGGGAAGCUUUGGAUCUUUACCUCAACAUGUGUGAUUUGAGGGUGGUGCCGGAUGAGGCUACCUUAGUUAGUAUUCUCUCAGCCUGUAGCCAAAUUGGUGAUUUGGUCAUGGGAAAGAAAAUCCAUAAUUACAUAUGCAGUAACAGUUCAAUACGUGGGGUCACUCUAUAUAACUCCCUCAUAGACAUGUAUGCAAAGUGUGGUUCCCCAAGAAUUGCCUUGGAUAUCUUUUACAAGAUUCCAGAAAAGAAUACAGUGUCCUGGAAUGCUAUUAUUGGGGCCCUGGCACUCCAUGGACGUGGCUUAGAAGCUAUAGACCUUUUUGAAAAGAUGCAAGCAUGUGGAGUUCGGCCUGAUGAGAUCACUUUCACUGGAUUGCUUUCUGCUUGUAGUCACAGUGGUCUUAUUGACUUGGGGAGACAUUAUUUUCAUAAAAUGAGUUCCAUUUACGGGCUAUCACAUGAAAUUGAGCACUAUGCUUGCAUGGUUGAUCUUCUUGGGAGAGGAGGGCUCUUAGAAGAAGCAAUUAGGCUGAUAGGAGGAAUGCCAAUGAAGCCGGAUGUUGUGGUUUGGUGUGCCUUGCUUGGUGCUUGUAGGACCUAUGGUAAUAUAGAGGUUGGGAGGCAAAUCCUCAAGCAGCUUUUGGUGAUGGAGUCAUAUAAUUCAGGGCUUUACGUGCUUCUCUCAAACAUAUACUGUGAAGCUGAGAGAUGGGAAGACGUGAAGAAGAUAAGGAAACUAAUGGAUGACUAUGGGAUCAAAAAGUGUAGAGCAAUUAGCCUCAUCGAGAUUGAAGGUUGUGUUCAUGAAUUUCUGGUUGACGACAAGAGACAUGAAAUUUGGAGGAGUAUACACUCCAUGCUUGAUCAAUUAACACAACAUUUGAAGUUUUCAGGAUAUUCAUGCAAUAUUUCAAGUGCAUAUUUGGAUGUAGAUGAAAUAUAGCCCCGUGCCCAUUUUUGAGUUGUAUUAAUAAGCUUUGAGAAAGUAACUCGAAACACUAGGAUUAUAUCUUUAUUCUUUCCCUUCUAUUCUUUGUAAAACAUCACACGGUUUUCCUUCUAAUUAUAAAGUCA